AUGCCGGAUCUUCUCUCCAAAACGAUCUUGUCUGCCUUGGUUUUGGCGUGCCUGAGACUGUGCGAUUUCGAAUCUAGACAUGGCCGUGUAGAUGCGGUACGGCAGGACCAGUCGCGGUAUCGGUACGCCUCCAAGCAAAAUGGAGUCUUUCGUGAGGAGCCUUUGGGCGGUGUAGGUGUAGGCUUGGAUAACCGGCUUUCUCCACAGUUCCUUCCAUCAUUCGUACACCUCACCUCGCACUCUGCCUCAGAGGCAGACGAAGAAGAGGAGUCGGGAGGCUCGGCAAGGGAAGCAGAAGAUGAAAACGAUGGAGAUGAAAAGGAUGGAGAUUUCGGGGAUGGAAACUCGCAAUCUAAGAGUGGAGACGAGGGGUCCAGUCGAAGUGAAGAUGGAGAUAAAAAGAGUGAGCGGGAGAAGGGUAAAGAGGCAACAAAAGGAGGUGAAAAGAAGCAAGAGGGAUCAGACUCCGAGUCCGGAACAGAGAAACAUCAAGGAGACUCGGGAAGUCACCAAGCAGACAAGGAUCAUGACACUGGCAAGAAGGGAUCGGGACAAGCCGCAGAAGGCGGCAAGAAAGAUGAGAAACAGCCGGAGGACCAUGACGAUCAGAAGGAUGAAAACGGACCGAAUGAGCAUGAUCGUGAAAAAAUAUUAUCUAGACUUACAAAGCUUCUGAGCAACGCCAGUGGGCACGCACUUCUUGGCCGACUACACGACGUUUUGACAGAACACGAAAAACAGGAAGCGCUCAAAGCCGCCGAGGAGGCGAAAAAGAAAGAAGAAGAGGACGCCAAAAAAAAAGAGGAGGCUCUGGCUACUCAGAAGAAAAUGAAGGAUGAAGCGGAAAACGCUAUGAAAGCAGAGAUCAAGAGAGAAGCUCCGGCUAAGGAUCUGCUUCUCACUCAGCAACUCAAUGCUCUCUGGAUGCUUCCAUUCAUUCAUGAUCAGCGACGGGUGGAGACGUGCCUCUCUGGCUUUGAGAAGCUUGCAGGCCAAAGUCGAAUCGUAUGUCGAGAUCCCGCUUGCAUGCGCCUCGAGCGGGACAGGACAUGCGCCUUCCUGGAUGUGCAGUCAAUUGAUCGGGCGCCUGAGGAAGAUGAGGAGCGCAGAACCAUCUAUCUAGGUUUCGAUCCAUCAUGCCGAGAUGUCACGCAGCUAGGCAAGAGGCUGCUCGACCUUCUCCAGCACCCCGUCAAGCAGCACGAGAUGGAACAGCGACUCGAAUCUGUCGGAACGGGCGCUCAGGUGCCUUCUCUGACGAAUCAUUUGGAUCUAGUGUGCGAAGGCAAAGAUCCUGUCUCAUAUCCGACGUGCACCGCGGUUUCCCAGGCACUGCGCAAUGUACCUCAUUUGGGACCUAAGAAUUUGCCCAGCAUGGUGGUACUCGCCGAUAUCGCUGAUAUUCCGAAUACACUAGGGCUAUACCGGGUUGUAGCGAUCUUCGAGGGACGCGUUCCAUUUGCAGACGAUAAAGGACAUGUUCUGGACAAGAACGGAGCGAGAGUCGCUGAUUUAGAUGCCGGCAAAUUUCUCAAAAAGUUACACACUUUAGAGCGGUAG